AUGGAGGAACUAGCCCGCGAGAGCAUCAGCCUGCUGGCGCGCUCUGCGUCCCACGCUGACCCGCCUCGGCUCGGCUCGUUUGGUGCGGUGUUCAUCAUGCUGAAGUCCGCGCUGGGAGCCGGACUGCUCAACUUUCCGUGGGCCUUUCAGAAGGCGGGGGGAGUCAACACCGCCAUCAGUGUGGAGACGGUGAGGACACAAUUGUAGACAAAUUACACACAAACUCACAGUAUAGAGGGUUGUUUAGUACAUGAACUACUCUACCAGGACACUGUUGAACAGGAGCUAUGAGGAACUUUUGGAAAUGCUUUGAUAUAUUUGUCUUUAUAUUGUAAAUAUAUGGACAUCCAGAGUUUUGUAGUGGGUUAGUGUCUGCAGAUUGAGUAUGUAUAGACUCUCCACUCAGCUCUCUCUCCCUGGUGUGAAAGAGGCUCACUUUUUUCACAGGUGAGCUCUAAUGAAGCUUUUUGUUUAGGUGAGGGCCUGAACUUAAGUUGCACUGACUUACACAUACAAGUGUGUGUGUGUGUGUGUGUGUGUGUGUGUGUGUGUGUGUGUGUGUGGUACUCUGUGUUUCUUCCAACCUUUCCUAGAAUGGGCCCUAGGAGGGAAUAAGGAUGUUUCUAACAAUUUGCCACUGUUUGUAAGUUUUGAUAGUUUAUGUGAAAAUUAAACAACAUUGUCUAUACUGUGACUGACACACACUUAGUUGAGGAUCAGCCCCAAUCUGUAAAAUUAACUGUACAUCCUCUAUGUACACCUAAAUUAGCCCUUUAAUGCCUAAAACCACAAAUUAUGGCCAGAAAGUUCAAUUUUUUGGGGGGAGCUGAAAUGUUUAUUUCAAUUGCUACUGAAAACCAAAAUAAAUGAAUAAAUAAAUAAAAAUAAAAAUAUCCUUGAAAUUUAACAUAUAUAUUUAUUCAUCUUGUUUGAUACAUUAGAUGUUUUUGGAAACUUAUAAACCACAAGAGGACAUUUUUAUAAUUUAUCGGACUGUAUUCAGGUGUUUUUUUUUAGUAAUUUGUUGAUCAUAUUGAUUUGAUAGAAGUCUCAUAAAAGUAUGUAUCAAGUAUGAUACAAAAGGCAGUAAAGGGUUAGGAUCACAAGGUUCAAUGCUCACUCCUGUUUCAUUCAACUGCAAGGAAGAUGAAUCUACAUUAUUUGAAGAUGGUAACCAACUAUGGCCUACUUCUCAUUAAAAACAUUUACACUGGGAAAAUGAAUCUACAUUAUUUGAAGAUGGUAACCAAUUAUGGCCUACUUCUCAUUAAAGACACUCACAUCGUGGUCUUGAGGCAGGGCCUUGGUAGAGCCCCCUCCAGUAAAAACACAUGUCCUUCUGUUUUCAUGAGUAGGCUUUUAACUUUACCCUUGAUAAAUUGUCAACUUUACCAACCCCUUGUUUACAAUAGAAUUAAUCCUUACAUUAAGAGCUCGAGGAAGAUCUCUUCAUCCCUGGUGAACAAAGCUCUGAAAUGUAAUUAAAAUUUUAAUGAGCAGAAAUGCACAGAAAUGGUGCAUUGACCUGUGCUUUAUCAUGGAGAAGAUACAAAAUAACAAGGCUGUGUUUUUACACAGAGCAACAGAAGAUGGGGAUUGCAGGGGGAAUCUUAAUUAGGACUAAAGGGCAUACAUCCCAGGUCCCUUUAAAACAAAGUUUUAAUUCUUCUGCUGUUGUACCUGUAGGUUUCUUUGGUUUUCCUUAUCAGUGGCUUAGUGAUCCUGGGCUACGCCUCUUCAGUCAGCAGACAGAAGACAUAUCAGGACGUGGUGAGGGAAGUGUGUGGACAAGCUGUGGGUCAACUCUGUGAAGUCUGUUUCUGCUUCAACCUCUUCAUGAUAUGUGUCGCCUUUCUGGUGGUGGUGCAGGACCAGCUGGAGAAAUGUGAGCGCUGAAUUCUGUUAUUUUUGUGACAGAGGUUUUCACUUUAUCAUCAAUAAAUCCUUCAUUUGUGCAUGGGAUUUUAGGAUUUCUCAAACUUGUGUCUUAUCUCAAAUCUAAUAGCAUUAUUUAUUUUUGAAUGUCUAAAGUAACAUGAUACCAGUAUUUAUCACCACUGGGAUACUUGUGGGAUUAUAAAUGUUUAUUUCAAUGAUGAACAGGAUAUUAUUACCUUAAGUAUUUAUGAUAAUAUUGCGACAUGGAUUUUUGUAUCAACUCAUGACAAGUUGGGGACAUUGGUUGCUUUACUGUAUUUGUAUGUGUGCAUGUUCUUUGGACCAUAUUACAGACAAAUCUUGCCCUACUUUGAGGUCUCUCAGAAUAAGUUCAUUUGAAGAGGUUUGACUUCACUGCUUUGAAAAAUGUGUCUUUGAAAAUUUUAAAUCUUUAUUGCCAACUGGAAGUUCCUCUCUGUAUCGCAAAGUUUCACAGAAUUUUUCAGCAUUUUACAUUUCUUUACUAUCACUAUGGCAAAAUCAUUAGACACACAUUUUCAUGUAUUUGAACAUGUCAGAAAUAUUCAUCAUAGUGCCCUGUCAUCCCCAUUGAUUGGUUGUUUUUUUAUGUUAUACAAGCCAUCAAUCAUCAUGUAGCACCUCUCAUUUGAAAUGUUUCCACAUUAUCCUGGUACAGUCUGUGAAGGAUGAAUUUAGCAUUCAUUUUCCAUGUAAAAACAAAUAAUCCCUAGCAGCCACGCUUUAAUUUUCUGUAUAAAACACAUGUAAACAUGUGACAUACAACACACCAUUUCUUGUUAUUCACUUUGUCAAUUUUUAAAACUAACACACUAAAAAUGUCUAAAACGUUUUUGGUUAACAGAACAUUUGAUGAGACACACAAAGGCCUCUCCUUUAAAAUCCAUUUCAUAAAAAGAAAAAGUGUGGUAUACCAUGCAAAUGUAAGAACCAGGGAUUUAUCCUUGAGGUGGAAAUGCUUUAAACACUCAUCUAUAUUUGUCCUGCGUUGAUUAUUCUUCGUGUUCAUCCAGCUGCAUUAAGAAAACAUAAACCAUCUUAUUCAGCAGGAGGUAAAAUGUAAUUUAUUCUGAUGUAAAUCAGGAUUUGCUGUCUUGCAUACUGAUGUGUCCUGUUUGCAACUCUUCUCCCUCAGUGUGUAUCUCCUUAUAUGAGACUGUGACUGGGUCCAGUGAGGCAGAUAUGCCAUAUUACUGGUACACUGACCAGCGAUUUGCUCUCUUCAUCAUGUGCCUCGUCAUCAUCCUACCUCUGUCCAUCCCAAAAGAAAUUGGCAUCCAGAAAUACACGAGGUACACAACACUUCUGUGAGGUUGGAGUUUCAUUCAGCUUGUAUGUGGUUUAACUGCUCUCUCUCUCUUUCUCUCUCUCUCUCUCUCUCUCCCCGUUAGUGUGUUGGGGACGCUGGCUGCUACGUACUUGUGUGUGGCAGUGAUUGUCAAGUAUUACCUGAUGGAGAGUCACUCUGUUAUAUUAACUCCAGAGCACAGCCAAGGGUCAGUAACAAUGAUUUUUGUGGACUGUUGUGUGUAUUUAUCUGAAUUUAGUUGCUGUUUUGAAUGUGCCGGUGAAUGUGUAUUUGUUUUGUGUUUUUCAGCAUCACUUCUUGGGCUUCAAUGUUCAGUGUUGUACCAACCAUCUGCUUUGGCUUCCAGGUAUCAAGUUAUUAGUGUUGGUUGUUCCGAUUGGCUCCUUUGAACACCACUUGGGGGCACCAUUCGUCACUACUUGACUCUUAUUUUAAGGGAAAUAUCCUAUUUUUUCUACAUAUUUUCUUUGUGUCUGCCCUCACAUUUAUGUGCUCUCACACAAGUUUGCCAACCAGAGAAUAACAGAUAGGAAUACAUUAUUUUUAACCUCAGGGAAGGCUUGAAUUACAUAACUGUAUUUAAACUUCUGUUCUUGAAAUCCUAUACAUUUUACUCCUAAUAAAAGAAGACCACAUUAAACUUUUACCCAACUCUUGCUUACAGAUUUUUCACACACAUUCAUAUUUUGGAGUUGCAGAUGUAAAUGCCAGUGGAUGGAUCCUGUUGAUUAAGAAAGAGUUUUGGUUAAAUAACACGCUAAAGAAUAAAGUUUUAAAGUAGAAGCAGCAUUCGAGACGGCAAUAUAAAGAAAGAAACCCAGACAAUAGUGGCACAUUAAGCCAUUAAAAGGUUAAGGCACAGUUAUUAAAGUUUGUAAAAGUAAAAAGGCACUAAAUUACAGCUGAAAAAGGCAUGAGUAGAGACUGGGAAAGUCAAGAGAUACAAAUAUUAAAACAACAACUCCCCAUAAAAAUUUCCCUGCAAAUGAUGUUAAAAUAAUGAGAUUUGAAAGAAGUUGUGGAUAAUUACAGUUUAAGAUCAUCCUUGAAUCCAAGCCAUGACCCUGGAAAACAAAGUGAGAAAUAUUAGAAGGCAAUCAAAAACUAAUGCUCCACUGUGAAUUUUAAAAAUCUUAUUCCUGUGUGUGUUGCAGUGUCAUGAAGCCUGUAUCGCUAUCUACAGCAGCAUGGAGAAUCAGAAGCUCUCCCACUGGGUGCUCAUCUCUGUGCUCUCCAUGUUUUUCUGUUUACUCAUCUACACUCUCACAGGUGAGUUCACCUCUACAAGUUCAGCCCUGAGCUUCAUUGUCACACCUGAAAACUCACAUCACACUCUCUCCGCAGGUGUGUACGGCUUCAUGACGUUCGGCAGAGAGGUGGCGUCUGAUAUUUUGAUGUCAUAUCCAGGAAAUGAUGUGGUCAUGAUCAUCUCCAGGCUACUUUUUGGAAUAUCAAUCAUCACUAUUUAUCCAAUUAUUCUUCUCCUGGGGAGGUGAGUGAUGCUGGAGUUGAUCUGUUUAGUGUUGUAUGAUGUUAUAUGUGACAUAUUGUCUGUUUGUGCGAAAUAGAUCUGUCAUCCUGAACUUGAUGCUGCGCGUUCAGAGACGUCGCCGGGGAGUCAUCACUCACUCGUUUGAAAGUCGCUGCAGAGUUGUUCUCACUGUGAUCUGGAUCGGUAUCACUCUUCUCAUCGCCAUGUUUGUACCUGACAUGGGUGAGGUCAUCAGUGUCAUUGGAGGAAUCAGCGCCUUCUUCAUCUUUAUUUUUCCUGGUAUGUGCAUAACAUGAGUAUUUCAACCAAAACAUGUUGACCUAGACAAUUUUAUCUUCGCUUACUAAAACCCAGAACAUUGAUUUGAAUUUUCCCGACAAGUGUAAAAAGUGUUAUACAAAUAAGGUUGCAUUGAUAACCAUGUUGUAUGUGACUGAGGUGAGGAGUCUAAAUAUAGUGUGUUUAUUGUAUACUGCAGGUCUUUGCCUCGUGUUCAUAAUGCAAACUGAGCCUGUGAGUGCAAGAGUAAGGUGAGUGGGAACUUUUCGUUUGGACUAAUGGUUCAGCUUCACUUUUGGGGUCCAUUUUUUCUUUCCUAUUCUCUUGACAAUCCAAACAGCUGUGUGAUAUGAUACAGAGAAAAGUUAAAUUUAGCGGGAUUAAGUGCACAAUAAGUGAGUAAUUUAAAGAUCCAGAGAGGAGUGAAACUGAAUGAAAUUAUUACUCAAAUUAGAAUAAUGAUAUUACAUAAGCUACCAAUGCAAACAUGGAGCUUGACUAUUAACAACAGACUUAUUUUUAAUGCCUGUCUUUGGCACCGCAGACCCAGACAGGGGGAUUAACUGCAGCCGUUGUUCAUUUACUCCACAGAAACGAUUUACAGUCAGUGAUAGGUCACACUAUUAAGAGACAGCACACACUUUUGUGAGAAAACACUAUUUACACACUUAGAGGAUAAAAUCGAUCAGGAAUGGUCAUAGUAACUUAAACAGAAGUCUUAAGUCACCCUGUAGCAGAGCAGUUAAAUGUGUUAGUUUAGAGGAAAAUACAUUUAUAUAAUUACAAAAUUGUCAGGAUGGGGCACCACUGGCUUGGUGGUCUUUGUGCAUGCCCUAUAUACGGAGGUUAGGCCUUUAGCGGUUGGACCAGGUUCACUUCCAGACUGUGGCUCCUUUCUUGCAUGUCACACACUGCUCUGUCCCCAUGUCCUAUCCUCUCCUGAUAAAAGGUAAAAGGCUUACAAAUGAAUCUUAAAAAAGAAAUUUGUCAGGAUAUUUGAACCUUGUGUUAUAUGAACUGAUAGGAGGCCAUCUAUUCUGAUCAUUUCCUGAUGUCUUUGAAAUCCUCUUGUCCCUGUUUCCAUCACUGCAGGUUGACUUUAACUGUUUGGGGAGUCAUAACAAUUGUAGUUGGAGCCUUCAUCUUCGGGCAGAGCACAACCAUCGCUAUCAUGGAGCUUUUCCACAAAUUCUGA